UCCUCGGCUGCUGCAUCAAUUUGCUUCAUCAGCACGAAAAAUCUGAAAACCAGACAAAGAUCGAGUUGCUGCAAACAUAAGCUGAAAGCUUGACUAUAUACUCUGUAGCAUUUGUCUGUAAAUCUGUUCAGUACUGCUUGUUUGAACCGUCGAAGAUCUCACCGAGCACAGAAGUGCGCCGGAGCUACAAGAGAAACCCAGAUGCUCUGUCGAUCACCUCUCUGUCUACCUGCCCACCGCCUGCAAGAAACCGGACCUACAGAUCUGCUGCCUCUUUACGUGACGUGAUCGAGGUUGCCGUGGAUCAACUACCACACCGAACAAGACCGCGCCACCACCAGCCAAGAGAGACAGCCAAUUGCUAAAGCUACGGUGCGUUCAGACGUUCUCUCUCCGGACGAAAAGGCUACGCUAGUGGACGAAAGUUUGAAAUUUAUCCGACUCAUGUGAAGUGGUACUUUGCACGGUGUAAUGAGGAUUCGCUUCCGAUACCCCGGUUUAAAAAAAAUAAAAUAAAAUAAAGGAGGAGGAGGAAAAAAAAGGAGGAUUUUGUCCAUGGAACACAAACCCCACAUAGCAAUUCUACCAAGUCCAGGGAUGGGUCACCUUAUCCCACUUGUGGAGCUUGCCAAGAUCCUUGCUCUACGCCAUGACUACCGUCUCACAUGCAUCAUUCCCACAAUUGGGUCUCCAUCAAAAGCCAUGAAAGGAGUCCUCGAAGCUCUCCCCACAAGCAUAGACCAUGUAUUUCUUCCUCCGGUGAACCUGAACGACCUCCCGGCAGGCGAACAGCCCGGAAUACAAGUUUUCCUCACCAUGACUCGCUCUCUGCCAUCUAUUCGCGACGUGUUGAAGUCCUUGGUCGAAACUUCUCGGUUAGCCGCCGUUAUCCUCGAUCAUACUGCCACCGACGCACUAGAUGUUGCCAAUGAGCUAAACCUCUCGCCGUACAUUUUCUUCACCUCAAGUGCUUUGGCUCUGUCGUUGCUCUUGCAUUUGCCAAAGCUGGACGAGACAAUUUCGUGCGAGUACAGAGACCUGCCGGAACCGUUGAGACUUCCGGGGUGCGUACCUCUUGACGGUGGAGAUCUUAUGGAUCACGUUCAAGACCGGAAAAGUGAACUGUACAGAUUGUCUCUUCGCCACACAAAACGGCUCCGAUUAGCUGAGGGUAUUAUGGUUAAUACGUUCAUGGACUUGCAAGGAAGAGCUAUCAAAGCUUUGGAAGAGGAAGGAGCUGGAAACCCCACAAUUUAUCCAAUUGGACCCAUCAUUCAUACUGCUUCCAGUACUACACAGGUUAACGAGCGAGAGUGUUUAAGUUGGUUGGACGAUCAGCCGAGCGGCUCCGUCCUAUUUGUGUCUUUUGGGAGUGGCGGAACCCUAUCCUAUGAUCAGCUCAAUGAGCUAGCCUUUGGAUUGCAAUUGAGUGAUCAAAAGUUCUUAUGGGUUGCAAGAAGCCCAAACAAUGAAUUGGCUAAUGCAGCAUACCUCAGUGACCAAAGCUAUGAAAACCCUCUAGCUUACUUGCCAGAAGGUUUUGCAGAGAGGACCAAAGGGCAAGGACUAGUGGUGCCGUCAUGGGCGCCGCAGGCCCGAGUCCUUGGCCACGGCUCCACGGGCGGUUUCUUAACGCACUGCGGUUGGAAUUCAAUCCUGGAGAGUGUCAUGCAUGGCAUACCUUUGAUUGCAUGGCCGCUUUACUCAGAGCAAAGAAUGAAUGCAGUGUUACUGGUUGAGGAUCUGAGAGUGGCUUUAAGACCAAAAGCUAACGAGAAAGGCCUUGUGAACAGAGAAGAAAUUGCGAAAAUUGUGAAGGGCUUGAUGGUGGGAGAAGAGGGGAAAAGAGUUCACAGCCGUAUGAAAGACAUGAAGAUGGCUGCUGAGAAAGCCCUAAGUGCAGAAGGUUCUUCUACAAGGGCAAUCUCUGAAUUAGCAUUCAAGAUUGGUUUUGAAACAGGACAAUAAUCUUAAUUUUCUUGCUCGUCUACCUUAUUUCUAUUCUAUAUAUAUAUAUACAUCACUUUAAUUAUCAUAUAUUGUUGUUGGAAAAUGGAUUUGAAAUGGAAAGGAACCGGUCAGUGAAAAAAGCAAGAGUAAAAUUGUCCUUUCAUAUUUUUAGAUAAUUUUGUCCUUAUUUUUUCACUAAUCAGCUCCUCUCCAUUUCAUUUGAAAUAGAAAUAAUCUAUUUGUUUGUUGAAUGUAGAAUGUUUAACUAAUUAU